AUGGCGAACUUGCCCUCACACGCCUCCCCAACUUUCGCCUCACAACCAUCGCCCUCAGAACCUGUCGAUGGUCUAUCGCUUGAGUCUACAACUCCGGCUGCACCUUUACCAACCAGUCGCAUAGAUGAGCUUCGUGCUGACGCUCACUCCGACAAUGCCGAGCAUGGUCCAGGCGACGUCACCCCCGCCGUGCCCGCUUCGCUCCUCUCACCUUCCUUCACCCCGCCAGCAACGCCGGGGGGUACCCUGAACACGGCACAAUUGCUACAGCAGGCCCAGCUACCGCAGCCAGCAUUGUCCUCGAAACCGCCCAAACUACUUUCCUGUCUUCCGAACGUCGAAUGUAUCGUCCGCGCUCGGAUCCCCACGACCAACGGCGCCGAGAUGUUCCUUCACCUCUACCGCAAUGAUUUGGAUAACAAGGAGCACCUGGCAAUUGUGUUCGGAAACACUAUCCGCAGUCGAAGUCUGGACCAAGUCCGCCCGGGGGAGACCGAAAUGGAUCGCAUGAUUCGCGGGGCAUACGUCGGCACCCUUCAUCCCGGGCGGGUGAGUAGUUGGUACGAUAGCGCGCAGGCCGAGGGUGAGGGAAGAGUUGCUUCCACCGAUGGUCCCGUGUCGGAUCAACCUGGGGUCCCCCGAAGCAGCCCCAGCCAAGCACCGCUAGUGAGAAUUCACUCGGAGUGCUAUACCGGCGAGACGGCGUGGUCGGCCCGUUGCGACUGUGGUGAGCAGCUUGACGAGGCCGCGCGACUCAUGUCCUUACCGAUGGAGACGCUGGCCGCGGUCGCUUCCCAGCAGGAUCUCACCGUGCCUUCGAAUGCGUCUGGCGGUGUCAUCAUCUACCUCCGGCAGGAAGGUCGCGGGAUCGGGUUGGGAGAGAAGUUAAAGGCGUAUAAUCUCCAAGAUCUGGGAUCUGACACCGUCGAGGCCAAUUUACUGCUGCGUCAUCCGGCCGACGCCCGGAGCUACGGUCUGGCGACAGCAAUGCUGGCUGAUCUGGGUCUGGGGGUGGAUUCGAACCCCCAUGGAAUUCGGUUGUUGACAAACAACCCGGACAAGGUGCGAGCCGUUGAAGGACCCAACCGAGAGGUGGUUGUUAAGGAACGGGUUCCGAUGAUCCCACUGGCAUGGAGAUCGGGCGGAAAGAUGGGCAUCAAGAGUUCCGAAGUCGAGGGGUAUUUAAGAACGAAGAUUUCCAAAAUGGGCCACAUGAUUCAGUUUGUGCCUGGCUUUUGUUCCCGCUUUUUCGGCCGUUUUGAAUGGCCGUUACGAUUCGAUAACACAGCGAGUGAGGCAAUGGCCAACCGCCUGCCUCCUCUGAACGAUGUGGCGCCAUCUCCGGUGAUGGAGUCUGCAUCCAUGAGCCAGGAUCCGGACGACGUCAAGUUAGAAGACUCUCCCACCCCGACCGGCCUGGCCUCUGCAGAUGCAGAAACACCGGCGUCUGAUAAUGGCGGGCCUGCGGGGCGGAAACGCAAGUUGAAUAGCAUGUCGGCUCGAGGCGUCGCCAACCUUACCCCGGAGCAAUUGGCAAAGAAGCGUGCCAACGAUCGCCAGGCUCAGCGAGCCAUCCGCGAGCGAACUAAGACUCACAUUGAUUCCCUCGAGCAGCGUGUGCGCGAUCUUUCCUCCCAGAAACCGUUUCUCGAUCUUCAGGCGGCCUUGAAGCAGAAUGAAGCUAUUCAAGCGGAAAAUGCGGAGAUAAAACAGGGAUUGAAAUCGAUUCUGGAUAUCAUUCAACCACUAAUUGGGAGACAGGAUACUUCAAAUCUUCCCCCCUCCUCGACUCCGUCUGGUGGCACAAAGUCGAUUCCUCCCCUUUCUACGACUCUGCCUUUUUUGGAAUCCAACCAUCCUAGUGCUAGUAACCCCAGACCAACGGAGCAGCAAUACUCCGAAUCCAUUGCCAGCGUUGAAACCCCCUCCUCCACCCAUUCGGCGCCCACGUUCGGUGGAAUUCGGCAGGAUAGCGCGACCGGAUCGUCUACUUCGUUUCGCAUUGCCUUCGACUACCAACGGCAUAAUCUGGCCCAUGGAUUGGAUUUCGGAAGCGAUGAGCGAAUGGGCUUCAAUUUCCUUCUAGAUGCAUCGCAGCAGGUUCCCAAAGUGGAGGGCUUCCGCCGUGCCUCGGACAACCUCCGCGCGCCCCCGUUGAGCGCGCCUGCUGUUUAUUCGCCCCCGCAUAAUAAUGGGCCCAUGGGGGAACAGGCGCUCCCUGCGCACCUGACCCCGAUCCGAAACAUCGCUCCGACAUGUACGUUGGAUGCCAUCUUGUUGGAUUUUCUUCAUCAUCGUCAACGGCAGGCGGCACAGGGGGUCCCCAAGCAGAAGCUAGUUGGACCGCCUUAUCCCAGCGUCUCGUCGCUGCUCAAUCCGGAAAAGAGCGUUUACUCCCACCCGCUGUCGAAGGUCUUUACUGACAUUCUACGCACGUUCCCCGAUAUCUCAUCGUUGCCGGACCAGGUGGCCGUUUUGUAUCUCAUGUUCAUCCUCAUGCGAUGGCAGAUCUACCCGACCCCGGAGAACUACGACCGCGUGCCAGACUGGCUGACCCCUCGUCCGUCGCAGUUGUUGACUCCGCAUCCUGCUUGGAUUGACUACCUGCCCUGGCCGCGGAUGCGCGACCGCGUAGUGAUGUCGUAUCGAGAUUACCCAUUUGAGAAUUGGUUUAUCCCAUUCACACGCACGCUGUCUGUCAAUUGGCCGUACGAGGCGACGGAUUGUCUUCUGUCGACGGGAGAUGGUGACGAAUUGAUUAUCAACCCCGUCUUCGAAAGACAUUUCCGGAAUCUCAGCAACUGGACUUUGGGGCCGGCCUUUGCCGAAGCCUAUCCGUCUCUAGUUGAAACCACCAAGAUUAGGACCACACCCUGA